CUGAGUCACUGGGCUGUGCAAGUGUACAAAGGAGAGUGGGUGGACGCUCGCACUCGGUCUGCCCUACCUCUCCCAAGGGCUCGGGAUGCUACCGUGUGCAGAGCUCCACAGGUCUGCUGCUUGACGAGGAAUCAGAGCCAGCAUUGAGUCCUUGUGGACAGCCAGGCACGCUGGGAUAGCCCUGCCCAGAAGAGGAAAUCAGGCACUGCUGUCCCCAGGGAAAGCAACAGCGGUGUUUUGGUCGCCACCUGCUGCAAUCAGUCUCACAGAGUCAUGUGGCUGGAACUCCUCCUGGCCUCAGUGCUGGGCCUUGUCAUCUACCGGAUUGUCUCCCGGGACAAGGAGGAAACCUUACCACUCGGAGAUGGCUGGUGGGGCCCAGGGUCGAAGUCCUCAGCCAGAGAAGAUGAGAGCAUCCGACCUUUCAAGGUGGAAACAUCAGAUGAGGAGAUCCAGGACUUACACCAGAGGAUCGAUAGGUUCCGGCCAUCCCCACCUUUGGAGGGCAGUCACUUCCACUAUGGCUUCAACGCCAGCUACCUGAAGAAAGUGGUGUCCUACUGGAGGAACGAGUUUGACUGGAGGAAGCAGGUGGAGAUCCUCAACCAGUACCCUCACUUCAAGACCAAGAUUGAAGGGCUGGACAUCCACUUCAUCCACGUGAAGCCUCCCCAGCUGCCCUCAGGCCGCACCCCAAAGCCCUUGCUGAUGGUACACGGCUGGCCCGGCUCCUUCUAUGAGUUCUACAAGAUCAUCCCGCUGCUGACUGACCCCAAGGCCCAUGGCCUGAGUGACGAGCACGUGUUUGAAGUCAUCUGCCCCUCCAUUCCUGGCUAUGGCUUCUCAGAGGCAUCUAGCAAGAAAGGCUUCAAUACGGUGGCCACCGCCAGGAUCUUCUACAAGCUGAUGUCGCGACUGGGCUUCCAGAAAUUCUACAUUCAAGGCGGGGACUGGGGGUCCCUCAUCUGCACCAACAUGGCCCAGAUGGUUCCCAACCACGUGAAAGGCCUACACCUGAAUAUAGCUUUCAUGACAAAAAAUAUCUACAACCUGACCCCACUCCUGGGCCAGCGCUUUGGGAGAUUUCUUGGCUACACUGAGAGGGAUAUCGAGCUGCUGUACCCCUUCAAGGAAAAGGUUUUCAAUAGCAUCGUGAGGGAGAGUGGCUACCUACACAUCCAGGCCACCAAGCCAGACACUGUGGGCUGUGCUCUGAACGACUCGCCCGUGGGCCUGGCUGCCUACAUCUUAGAAAAGUUCUCCACCUGGACCAACCCAGAAUACCGUGACCUGGAGGAUGGAGGCCUGGAGAGGAAGUUCUCCCUGGAAGAUCUGCUGACCAACAUCAUGAUCUACUGGACCACAGGAACCAUUGUCUCCUCCCAGCGCUUCUACAAGGAGAACCUGGGCCAGGGCGUCAUGGUCCAUAGGCAUGAAGGGAUGAAGGUCUUGGUGCCCACCGGCUAUGCUGCCUUCCCUUGUGAGCUACUGCAUGCUCCAGAAAAGUGGGUGAAGGUCAAGUACCCCAAGCUCAUCUCCUAUUCCUACAUGGAGCGUGGGGGCCACUUUGCUGCCUUUGAAGAGCCCAAGCUUCUGGCCCAGGACAUCCGCAAGUUCGUGUCCCUCGCUGAGCUGCAGUGAUGCCCUUGGGGACCAACCACAGCCUCAGCAGCCGCCCUGGCACCUCCCCUGGCUCCCUUAAGAAAGACGCCCCCUUUUGAAGAAAUGAGCUUAAGAUUUUGUGCCCUGCAGGCUCUGGGAGCCUGGGUGUGCUCCUCCACAUCUUACCACCCCUUAGGUCACGGACCUUAAAACAUGUGGUCACUUUAAGACCCAGGUGCCCCCAAGUGCCCCAGCUCUGGGAAGAUCUAGCCACGCCUCCCCCAGAGAAGGGUAUGGUGGUAUUUUGUUUGUGCUUUAAUAAUAAAGUUUGCCUGAAGAUCAGA